CUGGAGUAGAAGUCGUGCUAAUCGCCUCUGUCUGGGUACCAGCCCCUUAUUACUCUGCAGGCAUGUGAAGGAAGAGGAACACUAGCUCGGAUCACGCAGAUCUAUAGAUCGCAGCGCAGAUCUUGGCGAGAGAAGCAAACUGCUUUGCUGGGAACCCUGGAGGGCCAUGUGAAGAUUCAUUCACAGAACUACAGAAAUCUAGAAAAGACAGAAGAUUGCUUCCUGCAUGCUCCAUUCUCGCACUAGGAGACCUCUUCAAUCAGGUGGAGCAAGGCACUCUCCCAGCCUACCCCGAGAGUGGCACAGACAUAAGCAUGGGCCGGGCCCGGGAAGUGGGUUGGAUGGCAGCAGGCCUGAUGAUUGGGGCUGGUGCUUGCUACUGUGUUUACAAGCUGACCCUAGGGAAGGAUGACAAUGACACAGCUGAGGAAGAGGAAGACGAAUGGGGGGAGGACCAGGAGCUGGAUGAGGAGGAGCACACGAUUUGGUUCGACUUCACAACUAUGGCUCGACCCUGGAAUGAGGAUGGGGAUUGGACUGAACCUGGGGCACCAAGUGGCACAGAGGACAGGCACUCAGGGGGAGGAAAGGCAAACAGAGCACACACAACGAAACAGCGGCCAUUUCCCUAUGAACAAAAAAAUACAUGGAGUGCUCAAAGCUUUAAAAUCCUCAGUUACAUGCUUGAGCUCUCCAAAUGUCCACCCACUGCAGGAAACUUGCUUGCUAAGCCCAACGAUGCUGUUUCUUCACUUAGCCACGGUGUCAAUGGACAUUUAGCCAGCCUGUCAGUCAUUGCAGACCCAACCCCAACUCCCCACCCCACUACUGAGAAGAAGGCUUUGUGCACCCCAGAUAGCUUGAAUGACAGUGUUGCAAAUAAGGGCCAGAUUAAGAUGUAUGCCAGUCAAGUGUGUCAGGAGACUGUGUCACCUUGCUGCGACUCCUUUCUGCAGCAGGCCGGAUUAAAUUUGUUAAUAAGCAUGAGAGUUAUUAAUAACAUGCUUGCCAGGUCCCUUUCAGACUUGAAAUUUCCUUUGAUAUCCGAAGGAAGUGGACGUGCUCAGGUUCCCGUGCUGAAACUGCUGAUGGCUUUGUCUGAGAAGCCAGUCUUGGCAGGGGAGUUGCCUGAUGCCCCAGUGCUGUUGCCAUUCAUGAUAAACACAAGUGGAAACAGAGAGAUCUUCCUGCAAAUGGUCUCCACUUAGGUGGCCCUGUGGAGCACAGUAGGACUGAGUCUCCCCACACCCCUUUGGUUGGUCUGCAGAUGGCAAAGAAUCCCCGCACUGGGUGCAACUGAAGAUUUGGCCUUGCCCAGUCAGCAGGCUCUGGUGAAAGUUCCAGGUGCCACACGGAGGGUUACACUCACUGGGCGGGCAGGGGCCCCCACGGAGCGGGGUGGCUUCUUGGUUUUGCAGUGUGCAGGCAGAGGGCACGGUCUGUCACUCCCGUGCAGUCUUCCUCAGGCUGUAAAGGGAUCACAUCACUGUAGCCUGCCAGCUGUGGCUCCAGGACAUCAGAUUACAGUGUCACCAGUGCUAUGGCUGCCUGCAGCCCUCUCCCUGUGUACACAGGACCACUCAAUAAGGACCGCUUCCACGAGGGGAGCUCCUGCUGAUGAGCAUUUGCCACUCACUGCUUAGACUCAAGCGUUCUCCCUUUCCCUUUUCUUCUGACACCAGCUGAUGGAUGCUGCUGCUGAGCCUGCUCAUCCUGGAAGAGCACCUCCUUCUGUCCAUGCUACUGGCUCAACCUCCUCCCCCAAAGUCUGCAUCUGUGUGUACCGCCAAUAAACUCGUGUGCUUGCAUGGGCAAAACGAA